GGUGACGUCAGGCAGCCUCCUCGCUAUUUCCACCGAACUGGAUGCACUGUGGGGAAAGUAGAGGAAGAGAGGAGCCGGUCUGGGGGAGAGGAGAGCGAACUGCAUCCAGCGGCACGGAUCACCUUAAAGGAGGCACUGUGUCAAGAAGGCAACAUCAUCAUCAAAGGUCCCCACCACCUGCGCCACGCCAUCUUCUCACAGCUACUGUCAGGCAGGGUGUACAGAAGCCUGAAGCCCCACACCACCAGUGACUUCCCUGCAACCAUCCGGCUGGCACGCUAUACUCCAAAUUCAGCCUCAUCAAAGAAUUGCUCUUUCUGUCUCCUAGAGUGAAGAGAAUUCCCAGACUCCAGCUCUGAAGAAGAAAUAAGUAAAGAUAAAUCCAGGUUAUCAGUUCACUGCAGCCUGAAGUUGAGCCACUCGGUUACUGUCAAGGACGAGCUGUACAUUUCUGUCUAACCACUUGAGGCCUUUAAAUUCAAGAUGGGGAAGCAGAAUAGCAAACUACGGCCUGAGGUGAUGCAGGAUUUGCUGGACAGCACAGACUUCACGGAGCACGAAAUUCAGGAGUGGUAUAAAGGUUUCCUCAGGGAUUGCCCUAGCGGGAACUUAUCAAUGGAUGAAUUCAAGAAAAUUUAUGGGAACUUCUUUCCCUAUGGGGAUGCUUCCAAAUUUGCUGAGCAUGUUUUUCGUACCUUUGAUGCCAAUGGAGAUGGAACAAUAGACUUCCGGGAGUUUAUCAUUGCGCUAAGUGUCACAUCGAGAGGCAAGCUGGAGCAGAAGCUAAAGUGGGCGUUCAGUAUGUAUGAUCUAGAUGGAAAUGGAUAUAUCAGCAAGUCAGAAAUGCUGGAAAUUGUUCAGGCAAUCUAUAAAAUGGUCUCUUCAGUGAUGAGGAUGCCAGAGGAUGAGUCUACACCCGAGAAAAGGACAGAAAAGAUUUUCAGACAGAUGGACACCAACCGUGAUGGAAAGCUAUCCCUUGAAGAGUUCAUCCGAGGUGCAAAAAGUGAUCCUUCCAUCGUCCGCCUCCUUCAGUGUGAUCCUAGUACUGCGGGUCAAUAUUAAUCCAAAAGUGAAGAAAACGACAGUGGGUGUGGCUGUGUUUCUGCUUCCUGCCAUUGUGUCAUUGGCAACUCAGUCACAUCUUCAUGGCCGCAUCUGAUAUUGUUCAGCCUAUUUGUUUUUUUUUAUAAUUCUCAAUUUGUAACUGGCUGUUUAUUUAAAUGCUGUCUGAAGAUAUAUUACACAGCGUUUUUGGCUGUGUGAAGGCAUUGUUACUAUACUUAUAUCUAUAUUAAUCAAAAAACCUUAAGAUUCUUUUUAAAAUUGGAAAUAGAAAAAGGCUUUAAUUUUAUUUCUGUUCAUGAAGGCCUUGUGCCUCUUGGUUGCAGAGUUUAACAAGAACCAAUAUUUAUGUAUGUGGGGGAUAUAUGUUCACCAAUCAGUCAGGUGGAUGUUUGUAUCCUUUGAAAAUGAAUGAUGCUGAUAUUCUCUGGUAUAUUGGUGUUAGUUAAACCCAAUGUGGUUAAAAUUGAGAGCUGAUCUACCGUAAAUAAUCAGAUUCAAUUCCUAUAGAGUGUAAAGUUGAUUAUGGGAGUCCCCAUGAAUUAGUGUUGGAAUUGCCUUCUGCAAAACAAGUUGCAAAGUCAUAGGCUGACAAAUAUUUAGUUUAGGAGAUAUAAAGGAAAACGAGCAGAGUUGCUUCUCAUCCUAUUUUAUAGCACUCUCGCACAAGGUUGUCAGAGAUUCACUGCCUUUGAAACAAAAUCUUCAACUUUGGCAGAGACAAGAAACAGGACCGGUGGCAGCCACGGUUUACAUAUCUUGGUGUCCUUUUUUCCCAUCAACUUAUUGCAAAUGAUGGCCCGGGAGUUGAGAAUGAUUUCAGAUGAAAGGAACAAGAGAUAAUUGGACAGGGCACUUAGGUGCAAUUUGUUUGAAAAUUCUGUCCUUAUAUUAAAUUACCUUGUAAUUUAUAGUUUAAAUAAUUAACAAUGUGAGUCAAAUUUGGAAGUAGAGUUACAAUAGUUGGAGCAUAAGAGUACCAGUACAUACUGAAGAGCUAAGCGUAUCAAAACUGAGACACUACAGCAUUGCCAUUUGUGGGAUGCCUAAUUGUAAUGAGACAAGCAUAUGGGUCCAUUGCAAUUAUAGUCAUAAGAAUUGAUAAUAGCAACACGAGUGUACAAGAAGUGCAUGUUGAUUUUUUUUUUAAAAAGUACACUUUCUGGAGCACUUGCAGGUCUACAGGCCUUAUUAUAACAAUUUAAAUUGUAGUAAAAUAAUCACGUGUAUCUUCGUUCUAUAGAAAUCUUUAUUAUUGUACCUUCUGACUCAUUUGCCAGAUGAAAUUAAGCAGUUCACAAUGUGUAUAAAUGUUUAAUUGCCAAACAGUCUACUCACUGUUUCUCAAGAAUCAUUUAUCUGCAGCAUACGAAAAUCAGUUUGUGGCACUGAUCUACCCUGGUAAUAGCUGCAUAUCCAUAUGCUUAUCUGAGAGCUUUUGUCACCUCUGCCACGUGCCACUCCCACCUUCUUCCCCAAUUCUCUCAUCGAAGGAGACCAUUUGAUCGCAGCCAACUCUGAUCAAUCCCAUUCUCCCACUUACUUCCCUGUAACCUGUUUUCUCUCACAUGUCUAUCAACUUCCCAUGAUUUUCCUACCACCAGGGACAAUUCCUGGUUACUGGUUGGCCCCCCAACCUGCAAGUGUUUGGGAUGUCAGAGGAAACUAGCACACUUGGGGAAACCCACGUGGUCAUGGGGAGACUGUAGAAACUUCACAAGCAGUGUUUAAGGUCAGGAUCCCUGGAGAUAUGAGGCAAGCCACUGUAACACCACGUCAAUUCCUGCCUUUUGGAUUAAGGAUCUUUCUGCCUCUACCAUCCUAUGAGUGAAAAUCAUUCUCCUCAUUCAUCUCUACAAAUUGUUAUAAGCUUUUCCCCUGGUUACUGAGCUCUCUGCUAAGAGAGGACCGACAGUACCUCUCCACUCUAAUGGGACCCUCAUUGGAAGCAGAUUUUUUUUUGGAUCAGCAGAGUGGGAAUUGAGAUACGCAUUAAUGGAACGGGGGAACAAUUUAAAUGAUGUCAAUAGAGAAGAACUUCACAUAAUAUCUAAAGUGGAAACUUUAACAUUUUUUCUGCUCACUAUCUCCUUCAUCAAAUAGCAGUAAUGCUCAAGUUUUAAGUGUAUUGGAAGAGUUAGUAAUGUGGAUUGCAAGAUAUGCAUUACUCUGUUGAUCCUUUAAGAUCCAUUCCAGUUGUGAUGAGUAGCCAUUAUACAGAGUCUUAGAGCACAGUGACAUCUAGUUUGUGCUGAACGGUGAUAGAAAAAUAAGCUGAGUAGUCGACAGGAGGUGGAAAGAUUUAAGCUGGAAAAACAUGUUCUGCAGGAAAUUGGCGAAUGGAAUUAAAUGCAGAAAAAUGUGCAGCAGUAUGUUUGGGAAGGUGCAACAAGGCGGGGAAAUGCACAACUGGGAAGAUACUGGUGCAACAUAAGAACUUUGGAGUCCAUCUGUACUGAUAACAAACCAGCUUGAAGUGCUAUAAAGGAAAAUAGGCUGCUUUUCUUUAUUAACUUAGUGUAGAACGUAAGGACAGAUAGGUUUUGCUAGAAAUGUAUACAGUGCUAGCUAGAUGACAGUUUGAAAGGUGCACAGAGCAGAGUGUUUUAAUUUUUUUAAAUUUUAUUUAAGGAAAUAGCAUGAUAACAGGCCCUUCUGGCCUAAUAAGCCCAUACUGACCAAUCACACUCAUAUGACCAAUUAACCUAUUAUCCCACGGCUUGGAGAUGUGGAGGAAACCCAUUCAGUCACGAGGAGAAUGUACAAACAGCUGCAGGAACAGAACCUGGCACUGUAAUAACAUUACACUGACCACUACACACUCAUAUAAGGAUGUUGCUAGGAGUGGAAACAUUUGACUAUGGUUAAAUAGAUUGGUUGGGAUUACUUCCCUUGUAUAAGAGGACAUCAAAGGGAGACUUAAUUAAGUGUAACAUUGAGAGAUUUAAAUAUAGUAAAUAGUUGGAACUUUUUCACUUGAAAAAUCAAAAACUAAAUGCCAUAGGUUUUAAAUAAUUGACAGAAGGGUUGGAGGAGUGAAGAUAAAAAUUUGUUUCCACCUAGGUGAGGUGGUAGAGGCAGAAAUCAAAAGUACUUGGAAGUGAACUUGUUGAAAUGCUGAAAGGUGGAAUUAGGAAGGGUAGCCAUUUUCCAUCUGGCCCAGAUCGGUGGCCUCUUGAGUCAUAACAUUUGAAGUCUGAAAAAGAACAGAUUUCUACCUUAACAAGAAUGCAAGAACUUGUGGUAAAAAUGUGCAAAAAAAAAUGUUGCUUCUUCCAGAUUACAGUACUUAACUGAUUUUCUAAUGUUGGCUGCUCUGAAUGACCCCCAAAUUAUCCUUGCAUUUAAUUCUGAUAUUGAUUACUGCUUCACUGUUUUCAUGAUAAAAAUAGUAUUAGGUAUCCAUAGCUUCCUGGCAGCAUCUAUAAAUUUCAGCUCUUUCAAAAAAAGACAACCAUUCUUCUUAUGCUUUCCUGCAUAACUGCACCAAUAUCCAGUUAUGAUGCUUAAUUUGUGCUUCCUUCACAGAAUGGCAUCUACCACUCAGGUCCUACUGAUUCAUUCACUGACCAGUAUCUUUGAUAUAUUGAAUUCCUGCCUGCCUGGAAUAUAUAUUCUUAACAGGAUAUAUAUUUGAUCUUUAUUUUAUUUACUUAGAGACCCAUCCAGCCCAAUGAGCCUGCACGAACUGUUUACAGCCACGUGGCCAGUUAACCUACUGAUCUGUAUAUAUCAUUUUGGAAUGUGGGAGGAAACCCACAUGGUCACAGAGGUAACAUACAAACUCCUUACAGCCAGUGGUGGCAUUGAACCUGGGGUGCAGGUGCUGUAAUAACCACGAACACGCCAAUGGAACUAAGUGCAAACAUGAGGAAGUCUGCAGCUGCUGGAAAUCCAAACAAACUGCUCAGCUAGCACCCACAGAAGAGAAUAAACUGCUGACAUUUCGGGCCAAGUCUCUUCUUUAGGAUUGAGAAGGAAAGGGGAGGGGGGAAGAUGCCAGAAUAAAACAGUGAAGGGAGAGGAAAGAGGCUAACUGGAAGGUGAUAGGUGAAGCCAGGUGGGUGGGAAAUGUAAAGGGCUGGAGAGGAAAGAAUCUGAUAGGAGAGGAGAGUGGACCAAGGGAGAAAGGGAGGGAGGAGGAGACUGAAGGGAAAGUGAUAUACAGGUGAGAAGAAGCAAAAAGAAUGGGGAGUGGGGAAUAGAAGGGAGGGGACUAAUUAUUUAAUUAUCAUGAGACCAUAAGAAUGGUUUUUAAAAAUUUUACCUUUAACUUUCUCUCCCAUCAAGCAGUGGGGGAGGGAGCGCUGUAUCUAAGUGGACACCUUUCACUUGACACCACAAAACGUACAGUGGGCAGGAAAUGCAUCUUUGUGCUGUGUGUUCUCAGUCCUUGCUGGGGUUGCCAAGAUGAGUCAAUGCAGCAAUUAGAACAGACAUUUAUGCACAGAGAUGUGACUGCUCAUCCUUGUACUGUGGAUCAGUGUACCAGAUACACGAACGUCAUUCCAUGAAGUGAACAAGCUUAGCUGCAAGGCUUGAAAAUGCUUUAAUUUUCCCCUUCUGCCACAUGAUGGAAAAGGAAGUUAGAUGUAAAAUUAAAACAAAAAAAAAGAUAAUUCUUAUCAUAAGCAAGAGAAAAUCUUGCUGCAGAUGCUGGAAAUCCAAGCAACACACACAAAAUGCUGGAAGAACUCAGCAGGCCAGGCAGCGUCUAUGGAAAGGAGUACAGUCAACAUUUCGGAUCGAGACCCUUCAUCCAGAUAAUUCUUACCGUCUCAUGUGGACUAAAUAAACAAUUUUUUAAUCAUGAGGUCUAAUUAUAAACUAAACAAAACAGCACAAUAGCGUAGCGGUUAGUGCAAUCGAUUUACAGAGUUCAAUAUCCGCCACUGUAAAGAGUUUGUACGUUCUCCCCGAUAAUGUGUUAAUUUCCUCCUGGUUUCCUUCCACAUUCCAAAGAAGUACCAAUUAGGAUUAGUGAGUUGUAGGUAUGCCAUGUUUUUGCCUGAAGCUUGGUGAUACUUGCUGGAUGCACCCUAGCUGAUCUGAUUUCCCAUGCUUCACUGUAUGUUUCGAUGUAUGUGACAGAUAAAGCAAGUUAAUCUAAAAAACGCACACUAGAGAUUGUUGUUGCUGCUGCAGUAGUUGUUAUUACAUCGCUGAGGCCGCAUGCUGACCUAGUUCUGAAGCAUUUUGCCCUGGUACUGUAUUUGCACUGAAACUGCUGUUUAAUUUCCAUCCAAGUCUCCCCUUGGCAAUCUUCAUUUAAUCCUAUCAACCCAUUUAUUCAUUCUUCUUGAGUAACUCCCAAUGAAGGGUUUCGGCCCGAAAUGUCAUCACUAACUUCUCCCAUAGACGCUGUCUGGCUGGGUUCUGCCAGCAUUUUGUGUUUUUUAUUCAUUCUUCUUGUUCUGUUUUGUUUUUAUUUUACAGUGAGUUCAUUUUACCGUUCAACUUUAAUGGCCAAUUCUUACUGACCUUGAAUAAGUUUCUUUUGAAAUCCCUCUGAGAGGUAGUAAGGAGGAAAUAGUUUGAUGGUUCCAACUUAUGAUCUAUUGACAAAAGGACGGAUAAUCGUCCCAGCCUGCUGUAUUUUGACUGGGUUCGGGCUUUUAUUGCCCAUGUUGCUCUUUAUGCUUUUAAUCAUCCAAGCAGCAAUGGAAAAUGCAACUUCCUGAAAAAAUCUUUAACUAUCUAUAAUUCCUUGCAUCACAGGUAGAUAAGAUUGAAGAGAGAGCUUUUAGCACAUUGGUCAUCAUAAAGGAUUGGGAUGUAAUGUAGAAGAUGUUGCUGAGGUUUAAUUUGGAGUAUUGUGUGUAGUUCUGGUCACCUAGUAUCCGCAGGAAAUACAUCAAUAAGAUCGAAGGAGUACAGAUUUGAGGAUCAGAGUUCCAGGGAAAGGUUGAGUAGUUUAGAACUUUAUUCCCUGGGGCGUAGGAGAAUGAGGGGAGAUUGAUAGAGGUAUACAAAGUUAAGAGGUAUGUAGAUAGGGUAAAAGCAAGCAGGCUUUUUCAAUUGAGUUGGGUGAGACUAGAACUAAAGGUCAUAGGUUAAGGGUGAAAGGUGAAAUAUUUAAGGAGAACCUGAAGGGAAUCCACUUAACUCAGAUCACUGUGUGAGUGUGGAAUGCUGGCAUUCAGGUUUGAUUGCAACAUUUAGGAGAAGUUUGGAUAAGUACAUGGAUAGGAGGGUUUUGGAGGGAUAUGGUCCAAGUGCAGAUUGAUGGGACUAAGCAGAAUAACAGUUUAGCAUGGACUAGGUGGGCUGAAAGGCCUACGUCUGCGCUCUAUGACUCUACUCUCCACUUGUUACUUAUCAAAGCUCUUCCUUCUGUUAUAUGAUACAAUCAAACAUUUUAAGAAACUGAAUUUGAAAUUAAGGGUAGAAAUUAGUUUUUGUGGGAAUAUGUCAGUGUCCUCAACUCUUCCAAAUGUGAUAUUUUAAAUAACUUUAAACAUGUUAUACACAAAAUGGUGUUUAGGUCAGAACGUGUUUGAAGAUUUUUGUUUUUAUUUCAGAUCUUCAGCUUCCACUGCUUUCACUAAUCUACCUCAUUUCAGGCAAUUACAUGAUGCUAUUUACUUAGCCUUUAUCCACCAUAGAUAAAAUAAUACAGUAGAUUAUUUCAAGCUGAAUUCAUUAUCACUUUGGCGACAUUUCAAAUUAAGAUAUUGGAUUCAAAUUUUGGCCAAAUCAAAAUUAGCUUUGAAAUCUCUCCAAUGAAGUGAACCGGAUAGGAUUAAUGUAUUAAUGUUUUUAAGCUUGUUUGAAUGAAUUAAUUAUGUUCUCUGAACCGAAUGAUUAUCGUGUGUGUGUGUGUGUGUGUGUGUGUGUGUGUGUGUGUGUGUGUGUGUGCGUCUGUGUACAAGAAGAUGUUAAAAUACAUGCUUUGAAAAAAAUGUCAAUAUACUUUCACCGUGGAUGACUUUAGCAACUAAGAAGCAACUCCUAUUCAGAUACCCAACAACGUUCAAUUAGUUUUACUCGUAGGUCUUUCUGCAUCCAUAUCUGUAUGGCAGGUUGUUUCAGUUCUUGGAUCAUUUCUACUCACUGAACAAUAUCCUUUUCUACCACCCAUAGAACAAUACAGCAUGAAAACAGGCCCUUUGGCCCAGAUAGUGUGCCGACCUUUUAACUUACUCGAAGAUCAAUCUAAUCCUUCCCUAUCACGUAGCUGUCCGUUUUUCUUUUAUCCAUGUGCUAUUCUAAUCUUGCAGUAGAUUAAAGGAUGUGAUUUCUCAUGAUCAUAUUUUCCCCUUGUCAAGUUGUCAUUACCGGGAAUUUACCACAUGUUGCCACCAUGAACCCAAUACAACAAAAUUUGCAAAAA